UACAGCCCGACAUUCCUCUUGCGAUUGCCAUAAACACAAUCGCACCACCAUCUCACAGCAGCGAAGCAGGCGGGUGACCUCGCUGCUCGCUGACAGGCCAGGAUCGUCAACCAUGCAGCCAGACACAGGGUCGUCAGAACGCGAAGACGAGGCGGUCUCACCCGCGACCAUUAUCAACCCCGCCCCCGCCCGACGUUCCCUAGACUGCCAGACCCUGCUGCAAGAGAUAGACUGGUCACAAACCUCGCUCGGACCGCGGGAAGGAUGGUCUCCCUCGAUAGAGACGAUGAUACGGACCGUGAUGGCGUCCAAGACUCAGGAUGCGCUGUGGUUGGGGGAAGAAUGUAUCAUGGUCUAUAAUCAAAACUACGCCGAUAUCGUGCCCCAUCCUCAAGUAUACGGCCGGUCAGCCAACAUCCCCGAAGCAUGGGGUCCGGUCUGGCACGGCGUACACCACCUCAUCCGAGCGUGUAUAGACCUCGGUCGAGCCCAUUUCGUAGAAAACGACCUCUUGCUCUACCGUCGUGGCCCAAGGGGGCACUAUGUGGAGAAAUACCACACUUGGAGUUUUAUACCGAUUUUCAACCCUGAUGGGAGCGUACCGGGGAUAUAUAACCCUACUCAAGAUACCACGGCGGCCGUCUUAGCGCAGAGGAGACAGCGGACGACGAAACGGUUCUCGGAAAAGGUCUCUGUGGCCAGGACCAAAGAGGAGUUUUGGCAGGGCAUCGCGGGAGCUGUGGAGGAUGACCCUAAGGACGUGCCGUUCUUGAUGUGUUAUAGCGUCGAGGAGGACGAGGGGAAGCAGGAGGGUGGGAUGGACUCGAGGACGCUGAGGCUGUCGUUGGAGAGCAGCGUAGGGGUUCCCGAAGAAGGACACCCCUCCGUGGCUGCUAGCAUGACCAUCGAGCUCCCUCCUGUGCGGGAACAGGCUCGAGCGUCUUCUACCGGCUCGACGGAACCCCUGAAGAGCCUCGACAAGCACGCCUGGCCGAUCGCCAAGGCGUUACGUACCCGUCAAUGCGUGGUCGUGGACGACUGUUCGAAGCUCAUCCGAGGUUUCCCUUUACGUCAAUGGGAUCAAUUGCCGGAUUCCGCCAUCGUCAUACCCAUCUGUAGCGAAAUGUCGACAGAGACCCCGAGGGGGGUGUUGGUCAUGGGUCUCAACCUGCUCUGUCCGUUGGACGACGAGUAUUACGAUUGGAUCCAGGUAACCCGGUCGCAGUUGACCUCGGCGCUGGCGUCCGUCCACGCGUUGGCGGCGGAACAACAGAGGCUGGUCGAUAAAGAACGGUUGGAGCGGGCCAAGACGGCUUGGUUCCAGGGGGCCGCUCAUGAUCUGCGUUCACCGCUGACGCUGGUCUCCGGCCCUCUCGGGGACGUGCUCGACUCGAAAGACCUCGCUCCUUCUCACCGGGAAUCGCUCUUGCUCGCCCAACGCAACGUCCUGAGGAUCCAACGGCUCGUCAACUCGUUGCUCGACUUUUCACGUAUCGAAGCGGGUAGACUCGCAGGGAGGUUCGUACCGAUCGACCUGAGUCGGUUCGUAGACGAGCUCGGCGGGCUGUUUCGUCCGGCGAUCGAACGGAGGGGGAUCGAAUAUCGCAGCGAGAUCGAACCGCGGGACGCGUUGACGUUCAUCGACCCGACUUUGUUGGAGACGGUCAUCACCAACCUGCUCAGUAACAGCUUGAAGUAUACCGAACGAGGGUCGAUCACGCUACGUCUGAGGUAUACGGCGACGCACGCCGAGAUGGCCGUGGUGGAUACCGGAUUCGGGAUCCCUCAGGCGGAACUCGAAGCGGUGACCGACAGGUUUCAUCGAGCUACGACGGCCUUGUCCAGAGGGACCGAAGGGACCGGGAUCGGGUUGGCGCUCGCCAAAGAGAUCGUCAGGUUACACGGUGGGGACCUGCACAUCGAGAGCUGGACGGCCGAGGAGAGCGUCGAUGGGUCUCACGGGUCGACGUUUACGGCCAGGAUUCCUCUCGUCGAACGAGAGAUGAACGAGGAUAUCGAUCUCAUGAACGGGCAGGGGAGUUCGACUGCCAAUUUCGGAGCGUACGGCAAACAAGUGGCUGCGGAGGCCAUGCACGAGUCGGCCUCUGGAGGUCUAGAUCAUGCGGUCUCGGACGCCGGGACGGAGAAUGUUAGCGUGAGCGAUUCGUCCCGACCGGAGGGUCUCAUGUUUGAAAGCACCGACGUCAUACUCCUAGCCGACGAUAAUGCCGACAUUCGACGAUACUUGCGCCGACUGUUUGCCCCGUUCUGUACCGUGGUCGAAGCUUGCGAUGGAGGGGAAGCGCUGGCCAUGGCUCGUCAGUCUCCACCCGACUUGAUCCUCUCUGACCUGAUGAUGCCGAGGAUGAACGGACAAGAGUUGUUACAAGCCAUCCGUCGCGAUCCGAGAACACGGCUGGUCCCCAUGGUCUUGCUCUCUGCGGCGACGGAUGACGAGCUGAGGGUCUCGGCGUUGACGACCGGGGUGGACGACUUUUUGAUGAAGCCGUUCAAACCCAAAGAGCUGCUGGCACGGGUCAACUUGCACAUGCAACUGGGGAAACGGCGGAUCGAACUGGAAAACCUGUUUGCGCAGCGAGAACAGGAGAUCACGUUGUUGUCCGACUAUUGCCCUUCGGGGAUCAUACGGCAGAGCGCCGACGGAUCGAUGAUCUAUGGGAAUGCGGCCUGGCAGCGAUACACCGGGAUGCAAGAUUCGGACAAGCUGGACAAUUGGUUGACACGGGUCUAUCCGUCAGCCGCGCAACCGUUGUCGGACAGGCUUCAAGACUUUUAUGCGGGGGAUGAACGCGAGAUGCAACAGACUUGGAAGUGGCUGAACGGACGGGUCGUCACAGGAACCUUUAUUCGGCUGGACAAGGUGAUACCGGGCAUGUCGGGCGUCUUGGGGUGCAUGAACGACAUUACCGACCAGGAGGAACGGCUACACGAGGCGGAAAGACGUCGGAUCGAGGCAGAAGAGUCAAAGAGGCAGCAGGAAUUGCUGGUCGACUUUACCUCGCACGAAAUCCGGACGCCCGUGUCGGCGAUCCUGCAAUGCUCCUCGCUGGUCAAGGAGAACUUGCAGGCGCUUAAGGAACAAUUACAACAGGCCAUGGCGUUUGACAAUCGAACAGGCUUCGUCCCCACCCCGGAACUGCUGGCCAAUUUAGAUGAAGACGUCGAGGCGCUCGAGAGUGUCUAUCAAUGCGGUCUGAUGCAGGAACGUAUAGCCAAUGACGUCCUAUCUUUGGCGAGAAUUCAGCUCGAUACGCUCAGUCUCCACAACGUCGAAGUCGAUCUUAGGAAAGAAGGUCAAAAGCUCGUCACGGUCUUUGCGCUGGAAGCCAAGAUGAACCAGAUCGAGCUGGUGCUCGAAAUGGGACAGUGGAUAGGAGACGCUACCGUGACAAACGUUCGGACUGACCACGUCCGUGUAGGCCAGGUCAUCACCAACCUGAUCGCCAAUGCAAUCAAAUUCACCGCCAAGAGCGAGGUUCGUCGGAUCACCGUCAAGUUUGACCUGAGCUUCUCACCACCUUCAUCCGGUACUUGCGUACCGCCGCCAUCCGGAGCCGAUCAUCCCACAACGAGGGAGAUCCGAAAAGACACCCCUGUCUGGCUGUUUGUCAGUGUCGAGGAUACCGGUCCCGGACUGUCGCCCUCGGAACGGGCCGUCUUAUUCCAACGUUUCUCGCAGGGAAGUAAAAUGAUACACACGCGCUACGGGGGCUCCGGUCUGGGUCUAUUCAUUUGCAAGAAGAUUACCGAGAUGCUUGGAGGGCGGAUAGAAGUCCAGAGCGAGUUGGGCAGAGGUAGUGCAUUCCGGUUCUUUAUCGAAUGCCGUACUGUCGAUGACGUCGCACUACGGUCAGCUCAUGCCAACGGGAAAACACCACCGGCUCAGCUGCAGGUCCCUUAUUCUCCUCGGCCGAAAAGCGUUUCGACGAUUUCACCGAUCAAAGCGGUCAAGAAGCCUUCGCCGACCAGACCCGCCUCCUCAUCCGCGGUCGCAUCAAAAGCCCCCAAACUCAAGUCAAAAGACCCGUUACACGUCUUGAUCGUCGAGGAUAAUAUCAUCAACCAGACCGUGCUGAAACGCCAGAUGAUCAAAUCCGGGUUCACGUGCGAUGUGGCGGACAACGGACAAGAAGCGCUUGAUCUGCUACAUCGCGUUCAUCUUCCGAUCGUCGGGCAGACCGUACGGCCGUACGACGUCGUAUUUUGCGAUCUCGAGAUGCCGGUCAUGGACGGCUUGACGGCGAUCAAGACGAUCAGGGAGGAAGAAAGCACCGGGGAACUGAGCCGUCGGCAGUUAGUCAUCGCUCUGACAGGGAACGCAAGGCCUGCUCAGAUUGAGUCUGCUUUGUCCGCCGGUAUGGACGAUGUCGUAAUCAAACCAUACCGCUUACCGGACCUGAUCGAAAAGGCUCGCAAGGCGUUGUUCAAGGCGAAGGGGGAGGUUUCUGCUUCAUAGAUCUCGGUUGUAUCAGAUGUGUUGGGUUUGGGUCUUGGGUUUAGGGUGUUACUACACUGUAUCGAGGAUCUCUACGUGCGUUCAAUGGGUAACGCGAUGUCAUCUCAGGGAUACCUUUCUCAUGGGGUUUGGCGUUAUUAUGAAGCAAGUGUCUAACGCGCUCGCACGGAUCCUGGGGGAAAGUUCAGGAAAUUUGAUCUCAUUGAAACAGAGGGAAUUGGG